GGUGUUGCGGUACCUCGUACCUCGGCGGCAGCUGUUCGUCACCGUAUCGGCAGUGAUUUGGAUCGAUGUUGCUUUUUCAGGAAAUUGCAUCAUAUUUUGCAGUGUACAAUCACAGUAUUCAAAAUAUCGAACCUUAUCAGUAUCACCCCAAAUAUCGAGUUAUUAAGAUAGUGUGUAGCCACCUUAAUCAUGGCAGAAGACAAAGCACCAGAAGAACAGAUGAACAACCUGGCUGUGAAUGAUGAUGAUGAUGUGGUGGAUCCAUGGAAUGUCUCUGGAAAGUCAGAAACUGGUAUAGACUAUGACAAAUUGAUAAAAAGAUUUGGCAGUUCCAAGAUUGAUGAUGAAGUCAUACAAAGAUUUGAAAAGGUUACUGGGAAAAAAGCUCACCACUUAUUACGGCGUGGCAUAUUCUUCUCCCACCGUGACAUCCACAGCAUCCUCAACCUUGUCGAAGCUGGCAAGAAGUUCUACCUCUACACUGGCAGGGGGCCAUCAUCAGAUAGUAUGCAUCUUGGGCAUAUGAUACCAUUCAUGUUCACUAAGUGGCUUCAAGAUGUAUUCGACGUGCCUCUCAUCAUCCAGCUCACCGACGACGAGAAAGUUCUGUGGAGGGACAUUAAAGUGGAGCAGGCGCGGCAAAUGGCGCACAACAACGCGAAAGACAUCAUUGCUGUCGGUUUCAGCCCGGAGAACACUUUCAUAUUCAAUGAUCUGGACUUUAUUGGCCAGUGUCCAGCAUUCUACCAAAACAUGCUCCGCAUCCAGAAGUGCGUGACCUUCAACCAGGUGAAGGGCAUAUUCGGGUUCGGCGACUCUGACGUCAUCGGCAAGAUCACCUUCCCCUCCAUCGAGGCUGCGCCCGCCUUCUCCACCAGUUUUCCCUUUAUAUUCGACAAUAAAGUGGUUCCUUGCCUAGUUCCAUGCGCGAUCGACCAGGACCCAUACUUCCGUAUGACCCGCGACGUCGCCGCCCGUCUCAAGAUGCCCAAACCGGCGUUACUACAUUCUUCCUUCCUACCGGCCUUACAAGGGGCUCAGCACAAGAUGUCCGCCAGCGACCCUAACGCGUCCAUAUUCCUUAAUGACACUGCUAAGCAGAUUAAAAACAAGAUCAACAAGUACGCGUUUUCGGGCGGCCAGGCGACGGUAGAGGAGCACAGAGAGAAGGGCGGCAACACUGAGGUGGACAUCUCCUACAAGUACCUCACGUUCUUCCUGGAGGACGACGAGAGGCUGGCUGAGAUAAAAAAAUCGUACGAAUCCGGUGAGAUGCUAACAGGCGAGCUGAAGAAGAUCGCCAUCGACACAGUCACCCCCGUCAUCACCGACUACCAGGCGCGGCGGGCCAAGGUCAGCGACCAGCUCAUGCAAGACUUCUUCCGGAUCAGGAGGAUCAACUUCUGAACUCUUAUGAUACCUGUCACAAACUCGAAACAUUUUGUGUCCGAUUUUUCAAAUCUGUCGGAUGUUCAAAUGGGAUGAACGCGGGAAGCUCAACGCAGAUGGCGCUGCGUUCAUUUAAAAAUAAAACAUGUCAUUGUAUAUGCGAAAUCCAAAGAAACAUAAACCUAUAAUGACUUUUUACAGUACAUCUGGUGCUCCAUUACGAUACCCUGUGCUAUAAUAAGCACAUUACGUAACUACGUCGAAAAUUUAAAGGGCCAUGUGUACUGUAAAACGUUGUACGAUACACGUGCGAUUAGGUAAUUCGCAACUCGUCUCGAUUUAAAACACUCGUUGCGAAUUUCCUAUUUUUCGCACUUGUAUCGUAAAUAACUAUUAAAGGACGUCUUUUUAAAAACUAAGUAAUAUCAUUGUAUUUUGAAAAAAAAAAAUACAUUCGGUCAAAUGAAAGUCUGCCAAUUGAGAUAUCAGACAAAAAAAAUCGAGUUUGCGAUCGGAUUCCGUACACAAGAUAUGAAAUAAGCAUUUUUGGACCUUAUAUAGAUGUAAUGAGACUAAUGAGAUCUGGAAAUGGUUGAGUGUGUUUGAUGGUAAUACUUAAAAUAAAUAUUUAUUUAUUGUUCCA